AGGGGCGUUUGACGAGGAGAGAGAGCCCGAGGCUGGGCUCGGGGCGGGGGCCGGCGUUGGGUGUCCUGUGCCCCAGCGCCUCACCUUCUGUGCCGGGAUCCGUGCAGGUGGGAACUCGCAGCUGCGAGUUUUACUACCUCCUUGUGCUCAGUUUUCUGCCAUGGAGGGAUUUGAUUUCUGUGUACCAAGUAUGUGAAUUCAGUGCUGCCUAAGUUAUUGCAAAUUAUGAAUAGCAAUAUGUGCAAGAUUUCAGUUGCAUUGGCUCUGUUACAUCUCUAAAGUGUCUGGGGUUUACUUGGUCUGGUACACUGGUCCCACUGCAGCGGGAACAACCUGGGAUGCCAAUAACAUUUUAGUUACUGAUUCACAGAACACCAAUAUAUGUUAACAUAUACUGUCUUGUUAUACAGCAAUAAAACAAAAUGUCAUCAUCAUCACAAUCAUCCUCGUCUUUACCUGUACUUGACUGUACUUCUCCUUUAGUGGACUUUGAUCCUCAGGAAAAGUUUAUUCUUCCUCAUGCUACUGAGUUAAACAGUGAAAUCAUUGACACUUUGAUACAGAAGCUAAGUGAAAAUGAAACUCAAAAUACAAAUCUCAGGAAAAAAAUACUUGAAAGAGAGAAACAGAUUAAAGAACUUUCAUCCAUGCUUCAGUGUGAAAAAAUCAAUACACAGAAAGGAAACCACCUGUCAAGAUCAGUAAAGGAAGUACAAGCUCACCUGCAGUGUCAGAUUCAAAGAAAAGAAGCAGAAAAUGAUGAAUUAAAAGUAAAAAUACAGAAUCUAGAAAAGAAAAUAGCAAAGUGGAAACAUCAAGUUGGUGAAUACAAGCACCAGAAGUCAGCCUUAAAGGAAACAAGUGAACAAAACAAGAUUGCUCUGAAAAAAGCAAUGAGGUCCCAGAAACAAAGAGCUCAAUUCUUUGAAGAAGCUGCAAAAAAUUUAACCUCCAAAAUAAGAGAACAUGAAGUCAAAUUGUGUGAGAUAUGGUCCACUGCUGAUGUCUGGAAAAACCAGCAUGAUAGAAUGCUUGAAGAAAAGACAAUGUUAGAAAUUCAAACAGAAGAUCUUAAGAAAAAUAUGGACUAUAAUUCAAACAAGCCAAAGGAACUGGGAGAAGUUCUUGCCUGUUUAACAAGUCAGAUCACAAGCCUGUUGGAAGAAUUGGAAAGAAGGAAGGAAUGGAGAAGAAACUCAGAGGAGGAAAUUCUCAGAAAGCUAAAUUCUGGUAACUCUGAAAAUGAAAAGAUUUACCUUGAAAAUGAAAAAUUAAAGGCUUCCAUUGCUACAUUGGAGAAAAGUACUGUUUCUGUUGAACAUGAGCUGCUACAUCUGCAGGAAAAGGCAAAGCUGCAGGAAAAUCUCAUUGAACAGCAUAAAAAUGAGGUACAAAAGCUACAAAUAGCAGCAGAGGAAUUGAAAUCUAGGUAUGAGAGAGUCUUAAAUGAAAACAAAAAAAUAACAGAAAACAAAUGCUUGGAAGAAGAUAAGCCUGAGUAUGAAUUUUCUUCAGCUUUUUUUUUCUGUGACAUCAGUUUCAAUGGCAGGGAUGACAAUAAUGUAACUUCUAUGGGCAGUCUUUCCUUAGAAGAAGAGAACUGUAACAUUCAGAGGAAAUACGAAGCUCUUAAAAGGCAAUUGGGAAAGAUGGAAUUUCAGAAUGAAGAACUUGCUUGUCAGCUCAGAACACAAGAUCAGAGUCUUCAGUGCAGUAAAUUGAAGCUUGAAGAGAAAAUUGCAGAAUAUAAUGCAUUAACCAGACAACUUGAAUCUGCUUUGGAAAAAGGGAGAAAAAUGGUAGCUGAAGAACAGGAAAAAAUGUCAUACAAAGAACAAGCCUUUCAGACAAAACUGCUAGUUCUUGAAACUGAAGUGAGAGAGGGGAAAGAAGAAAAAAAACAACUCCUCUGCAUAUUUCACCAUAAUGAAAAGCACCAUGAAAUAUGUUUGAAAGAGCUGGAGAACAGCCUGCAGAAGUCAGAGAACAAGAACCAGAGCAUCCAGAAUUAUGUGCAGUUUUUGAAAGCUGCAUACAUAACAAUGUUUGGCUGAACUCUUUAACCUAUUUUAAAGUGAAGAAACUUUUCAAGAUUUGGCUCUAAGGAAAAGCUGGAAGAAAAGCUUGUUGCGGUCUUAUAGUAUUUUGCAGGAUUGAGUACUCUAAUGUUAGUUCUUCCCUAGGAAAAUGUCUGUUGUGGGCAGGGAGAAGCAGGUCAGUCAUUACUGUAUGUCCUACUGGCUGGUCAUAUAGGAAGUGGACUUGGUAUUACUGAUAUAAACACCUGUACUAUUCAUGGCACAGAAGUGAAAAGGCAGACUGCACGACAGCAGUGGCAGGAGUGUAAGCGUGGGGUAUGCACACAAAGUUCUACAUUGGUCUGUGAAUUUACUACCUUAUGUUAGGUUCUGUGCUGUAAAAUCUUACAUGUGUCCUUUUAGUCCAUAGUAAAUGCAGGUGAUCACAGGCUAUCUUUCAAAUCACGUGGAGGAAAAAACACCCAUGGACUAGUUGCACAGUAAUCUGCAUAUUUUAAAUGUCCGUAAUUAUAUAGUGUUUAUCAGUCAUUACACUUCUGUUAAUGUAGAAACCUAGUUGCCUGAGAAAAUGACAUCUAACCUAUUAAGACAGGCCAAAAUUUGGAGCAUUAUGUUCCCUUCCUUUCUUUUCCUUGUAGUUUAGCACCAAUAUGUCAUGAACUGCUACACUGCACGGGAGAGUUACCACCACAAGGCUGUCCUGUCCAGCCUUUUUUGCCCUACAUUCCAUAAUGCUCAGGAAUAUACUGAAGUAAUAUUUUGCAAAUAUGAGUAGGAAAGCAUUUUAAAUGCAUAUAUAGUUUAAGCUCUGAAUGUGCUGAUAUACCCUUUCAUGGUGACACAGGUCCAGUAAGAUAUUUAAGUAUUUGUGUUUGAGCUCACGAGCUGCAGUUGAGUAAGACUGAAUUGUGCCUCAGGUUAAACACAUGUAAAUAUUCAACUGAUAUAGGGAUAAUACAGAAACCAGUUCUGAUUUUGGUUUUAAUUCUAAAUUCUACUUGGUUUUAUAGAUAUAUGCCGUGAUAUGUUUUUGGAAAAGUAGUGCAUUCAAUUAAAUAUACGUAAUUUACAACAUCUAAUUAAUAAUUCAUAUUUUUUGACAGAAAACAUAAGUUAGUUUAUGCAUGGACAAUACCUGUUCUAUUUCAUUUUUAGUUAUUCGUAACGUGUUGAACAUUGAUGUUUUUUCUUUUCUGUCUUUUGCAAAAGCUUAUCCAUCCUAACAAAUACUAAUGUACUAAUGAUCUGCUUGUGUGCACUUUUUAAAAAUAAAAUUAUAAUUUAUUAUAUAUGACAUGCUAGUAAAAAAUAUUUCUGUUAAAUGUGGAGAGGGGGGUUACCUUAAACACAUACAGAAAUAUUUGUAUUCAUUUAGUUCUGCUUGUGCUACUUAUAAAAUAUCAAAACAUUUUUGAAAAUCAUCAUGUAUGAAGGAAAGAUUUUAGAAAUAAAUGGUUCAAACCAGUCUAUGACUGGUUUUCAAAAGGUCAUAAUGAAAAACUGAACACUUUUCAUUGCUACACGGUACAGCAAUGUACAGUAACUUCAUUUCAGACUAUCUUUUGCUAUUCAGGAAAUUAGAUAGUUUUUUCAUUUUUUGUUUGUGCUGUUUGGUUUUUAUGGCUCUCCAUUACCCUUUUGUUUGUUUGUUUGUUUGUUUGUUUGGGGUUUUUUUGAAUGGUAGAAAUAGAGCUGCUAGUCACAAAGAUCACUAGAUUUUUCUCAGUUUCUUUUUGAACUGGUGUUAGCUGAUCAUGGUGUUUGUAUUUUAAAAAUCUUUAGCUCAUUUAGAGAAAAAAGCUAUUGUGAUUUAUUUCUUUAUUCUUUAUUUUAUUUCUAUGAAACUUCUUUUGUAAUAAUAAAACCUCUUCUAGUUUUAUUAUUAAAAAAUUACAAUUUCAGAGCUUUAAUUAGGUUAAAUUGUAGGCAUGUAGAGUCCCGAAACUGUCAGAUCUUUAAGAGCUGACCUGGGCUUUCUACUCCCUGCUGCAGUCUGCAAUAUGCUUUAGAUGUGUUAAUGCAUGGGAACAUAGAAUUUAAACCAAGAAGCAUAAGUCUUAGGGCUACUUGGGACCCUACCCACUUUAAUCCUGUCUGCCAAGUAGCUUAUUAGUAGCCUAAGAUUGAUAGAAGAACUUCUUCUUUUCUGUUUCCUAUCUAUGACACAAAAACUGCUAUAAAUUCUACUGUAAGAUGGAAUCUUUCCAGUAGGAGCACAGAUACUCAAUAAUUUUGUGCUUGACAUGUGCCAGCUUAAGGGAUAUCUUUAUAGAAGACACACAGUAAUCAUUGAGCACCAUAUGAACAAGUCCUCAGUGGAGUGUGAUAGGUUACUAGCACACCAUGCCUUUUGAGAAGUUCUUUUGUCUAUUUAAUGGUGAAUGAAAUCAACACUUGGGUAUCUGGGAGAAGUUUAAGGAAGGACUGUUAUCAUGCAGCUCAAAAUGUCUUCUACUACGAUCAUGUCCAGUGUCCUGACUCAGAAAAGUGCCAGAUUAGACUUUUUGUGAUAAAAUCACUUUGUUGUUCAUUUUUCUACAGAAUAAGGGACCUGUUUUACUCUGCUGACAAACUGUUCAGCAGCGUAACAUCUGUGUGCAGCCCUUAGUGCGCUGAGAGCUGGCCAGCACAAACAGGGAUCAAAGCAGGGCCCCAUAGGAAAGGGUUGUGCAGGGUGUGAAGUAGACACAAUGAUUUCAUACAGAUUUUUUUUUUUGCUUUUUCAGUGAAAGUUUCCUGUGGAUCGCUUUAAGGCUGACAUAGCUCAAGCAUGGUUCUUCAGGCCAGAAAAGUGAGAGCACUGUGUUGAUGUCUGCUGAUUGGGAAUUCAAGCAGUCAAAACCGUGAAAUUAUUGCAGUCAUGCAGUGUUUGUGCACUGUUUCAUGGGAAAAGAAACUCCAUGGGAACUUCGGUAUCUUUAUUUUGAGGUUCUACGCAAGUUCUUCCACACAUCCUCAGACAUGUUGCUGUUCUUAGUUGAGAAGAAACAAAGACAAAAAGGCAUCAAAUUGGAAAAAAAGGGACUACAGGGAUGCAAAAAGAACAGAAAAUCCUGCAGAGGACCAAAUGCCCACUUGUCAAACAACUGAAGUAGGUCCAGUAAAAGUGCUGGUGAGAAAUAUGAACACUCGUAUUCCUAGUGAACUCUGUUUCACCCUUGAGAAACUGUCCUGUCCCACCAAAGACAUAUUCUGUGUCCCAGGCACAGCCAGCCAUGGUAAACAAAAAACCCCAAGUCUUUCUUCCUGCCUUGAGGAUCACGUAGAUCUGGAACAAUCUGAGCAGCCCUUUGCUUUUAUUUGGCACAGGAUAUUCUGUCCCUUGCAUCAUCAGUGGUGGUUGGGAAGUUUUCCUCAAGGAAGGACAGUUUGCUUGAAUCUGAAAAGCUUCUUUGCCUUCCUCAUAGUUUCAAAUAGACUUUCAGAGCUGGAGAGCUUGUGAAGCAGAGUAAACCAGACAAAGCGGAUGUAUCCCUGUGCUGUUUUGUUGACAAGGAGUUCAUUGCAGUCAGUAAGGCCAGGAAUCAGCCUCAAAAAUAAAUACUGGAUACAAAAUCAGCCCUCAAAAAUAAAUACACCUGGCUAAACCUAGAA